AGCGCCUCCGAGCGCCGUAUCCAGGAAGUGGUGUGCAGUUGUCAACCAAACUUUUGCUUGCGUGCCAUGCAAAGUGAACUCGAUGUGAAUAUGUAGCUACACUGGAUAAAAUACCGUCAAAGUAAAAGGUAACCGGGAGAGAUGAGUUGCAGUCAUGGGUCUGUGCCUCAGGUCCGGCCUGGUACACCUCGGGUGGUGGUGACUGAGUUUAGUGGAUCAGGCCCCCUGAACCCCACGCCUGCCAGUAAAGAAUAUGAGGAUGCCCAAGCUGAAGUGGAGCCUUACCUUAGUCCAAAUAAACUGGCAUCCCUGUGUGGAACCCAAGAUCUCUGCCAGGUGACCUCGCUGGAGAUCUGCGUGGACACUCGAAAUCACACUCUGGGUAACUUUGGUGCCUACUUGCCCAAGCUUGUGCAGCUUAAUAUGAACAACAGUGUGAUCAUGUCAGUAAGAGACCUGGGAACCACACUCUCCCACCUGCAGGAGCUGUGGAUGUCUCACUGCUGCCUGCAAGACCUCGAGGGCAUCACUUCUUUUUUUUCUCUCAAGGAGCUGUAUGUGCCCUAUAACAGUGUGUCGGACCUGAGCCAGGUUAUGAUGCUGGAGAACCUACAGCUGUUGGAUCUGGAAGGGAAUGAUGUGGAUGACCUUGCCCAAGUUUCGUAUUUGGGGUUGUGUAGCCAACUUGACACGCUAACCCUGGAAGGAAACCCUGUGUGUGUGCGCCCAAACCCCACCGCUACCCAGACGACAGAGUAUAGAUACCGGGCUGCUGUGAGGGAGCUGGUCCCUCAGCUGCGUUACCUAGACAAUGUGAGGGCAGAGGACGACGGGCCGAGCUGCAGCGGCAUCAUGGGAGAAGACUGGGCCAUGCUCCGAAACUCCAUCAGAGACUGCAACUAUACUCAAGCUGCUGCUGACGAUGAGGAGACAGAAGAUAUUACAUAUCCUUACAACAGCUCUGCCAAGCAUCCCAGUUCCAGCCUUUCCUGUGUCCGGCCCAUGUCAUCAGCAUGCCCCAGGCCCUUCUCUGGGCCCAGGCCCAUGUCAUCAGCGUGCCCCAGGCCCCUCUCUGGGCCCAGGCCCAUGUCAGCCACAGGGUCCAGACUACUUUCUCCUCCCGGAUCCAGACCUGGGUCUGCAGAGUCAGACCCAGCAGCAGUGGAUCCAGACACAAGCAUCCUGACACAUGGAGCUGGAAAGAUCCUGUUCUGUGGGAACCCGGUUCAGGCUCUUCGAGCAAGGCGAGAAAAGUUGAGGACGGCGCCCACCAUAUCCAUGUUCACACCCCAUGACCUGCCCAUCUAUGUCCCGGAACACACAUACGACCUUGAGGAGCCUGAUAUGGGAGAGCGCAGUGAUAUGUUUGCUGAGCUCAGGGCUUGGAGAGAGCGGCACAGCAAACGUCUGCAGGCCAUAGAGAUGGAAAAAAUACCACAGGUCCUGACUAUUCAGCACAGUGAUGAAGAAGAGGAGGAACAUGAUGACAAAGAUGGCCUUGGAGUUCUAAAGAGCAGUGGGAGUGAUGAAGAGGACGGAGAGGAGAGGGAAGACAUGUCCAACGGAGAAGCCUUAUCCCGUGAUGUGGCUCGACUGUCCCUGUCCCCGGACACCACCCUGUUCCCUUCUCCUCCUCUGAGCACCACGGCAGCUGCUGGUAGCCAGAAGCCAUCAGGGGUUCGUGCACGAAGACUUCAGCGCAGGUUGGCCGGUGGACAGCCUUUACCUAUUUCAUCCCCGGCAAAGACAGACAUGCGACUCCAGUGGGGCCAGGAAGUGGUGAGACCCAAAAUCCCGCCGUCCACGCAUAAACCCCACCGGCCAACCACCAAUCUCCACCACUCUCUGGAGGGCUCACGAACCCAUGUUUUUUAUAGUACAGAAAUGGAUGCAUCCAGAGUGCAGUCUGUCAACAAGCAUCAGCCGUCCAAACCUCUGAACAGACCAACAAUAAUGCGUCCUCAUACAGCUAUGGCAGCGCUGCAGAAACACCAGCUGCACCACACACUCCAGCCCAGCAGAGGGAGCUCACACCUAGACUGAGACUAGACCAUAACUGUACUGAUGAUGAGAACAAGGUAUCUGAUUAGCCUGUCUGUUUUUAUCUGAAUAAUAACUACAUGUUAAUGUAAAUAAUACCUCACAUUUGCAUUUCUCAGGGUGAAAUUCUGAAUUGUUAUAACUCUACCUUAAAUUUAUUUUAUUGAAUAAAAAAACAUAUAAACA